UUUGUUGUCUGUAAUGGUUUUAAAAACAGGUAAAGGAAAACAAGUUCAAACAAGCAUCAAGGAUGCUUGUAAUAAAGAGAUCCGAGCCAAAACCAUACAGUCCAUUGCAGCGUUUUUCUACCAGGCUGGGGUUGCAUUUAAUGUGGCUAAUAUGGGCUGCUUUAAAGAGUUGCUCGUGGCUGUUGGGAACUACCGGCCGCAUUUAAAGCCUCCAUCAUACCAUGAGCUUCACGUUCCGUUACUAAAAAAUGAGGUAGCAGGUUAUUACCGACAAUGAGAGCAACUUUAAGCUAGCAGGUAAAAUGUUGAUGGAAAAGCUAUUUUACAUGUCUUUUUGUAGGUAAAAUGUUAAUGGAAAAGCGGAAAAAUCUAUUUUGGACGCCAUGUGCAACGCACUGCUUGGAACUAAUGCUAGAAGAUAUGGGUAAGAUUCCAGAUGUGAUAAAAACUAUUGAAAAGACUAUUUUCCUUGUUGGUUAUAUUUAUAACCAUAGUUAUGUGUUGAACUUAACAAGGGAGUUUACUAAAAACAACGAGCUAACAAGGAGUGGAGUAACAAGGUUUGCAACCACGUUUCUUACGUUACUAAGCUUGCAAAAACAAAAAUCUGCUUUUAGAAAUAUGUUUGCUAGCGAACAGUGGACGAAAAGUAAAUGGGCUGAAGAACGUAAGGGUGCAAGAGCGAAUGACAUUGUUUUUACCCCAACUUUCUGGAACAAUGUCCUAUUCACUCUGAAAAUCAUGGGUCCUCUUGUUCGAGUGCUUAGAAUCGUCGAAAACGAGAAAAAACCCGCGAUGGGGUAUGUGUACGAAGGUAUGGAACGAGCAAAAACUGCAGUUGCAGCAGCUUUAGGAGGAGAAGAUAACGAAGAUUACAUUGUUGUGUCGGGAAUUAUUGACAAGAGAUGGAAAUGCCAACUUCACCGUCCCUUGCACGCAGCGGGUUACUAUCUUAACCCAGAGUUUUAUUGCUACAAUGUGGACAUUGAAAGAGAUAAAGAAGUGUCACUUGGACUACAUGAAUGUAUUAACAGGCUUGUCCCUAACAAGGACACGUCUUAACCCAGAGUUUUAUUGCUACAACGUGGACAUUGAAAGAGAUAAAGAAGUGUCCCUUGGACUACAUGAAUGUAUUAACAGGCUUGUCCCUAACAAGGACACGCAAGAUAAGAUUAAUGUUGAGUUGAUUCAUCGGGUGAACCAGUCUGGAUUUUUGAGUCUAGAAACAGCGAAGCGACAACAUGGUAAAAUAGCACCUAGUAAGUUAACUGUUAACAUACUUUUUACCUAGAUUAUUGACUUUAUUUUUAUAUGUAUAAUGUGUUAAAUUUGAUUGUAUGUAACAGCUGAAUGGUGGAAGUUGUAUGGGAAAGGCACUUCAAAUUUGCAACAACUAGCUAUUAGAGCGCUUAGUUUAACGUGCAGUUCAUCCGGGUGUGAACGAAACUGGAGCACAUUGACAUGGCUCGAUUUGAAUGCUAAGUUAUCUAAUUGGGACAAAAACGAUACUAGUGACCUAAUUAGAACACUUUUAAAACUUGGUUACUAUUCUAGGACAUUUUCCCAACAUUUAAGUAUGAAGUUUGAUUGAGCGUUUCUUGUAUCUGAUAUUUAUACGAAUCUUUAACAGAUCCAUUCAAAAAAUGGGAAUUGUCUAGAGCAUAAAAAACUGCAUGAUCUCGUGUAUGUUAAAUACAAUAACAUGCUAAAGAAU